UGAAAAUUAGUGGGGGUGGGGGGGGGGCACAAGAGUCAUAAUUCAUAUGGUAGGAAUGGUGGGAGGACCGAAUAAUCCAAAAUUGGAGCCAUCGUUUCAAAAUGGAACGAUAAUUUGCAUUAUGAAAAAAAAAAAAAUCACAUUCCAAGAAUAAACUACAGCUUUUUUUUUUUUAAUGUUACAAACCAAUUUAAGUAAAAAAAAAAUUUUUAAACUAAUUUUAAAAAAAGAUUUAAAAAGUUAUCACAUCUUGGCAAAAGUUGUGGAAGGAUAACCAAAAUUUUACAGCCAAACGUUAAUUUUUUUUAAACUUUUGGAUUAAUUUUUUUCCAAUGUGGCCCUCGCAACUCCUAAGGUCAAUUCAUAUUUUGUACGUGUUUUUAAUUUAACUGAAUGCUACCAGUUAGCGUUUCACUGCCACGUGACUGUGGCGUGUACAGUACGAUCAUUUAUUAGAUUUCAUACGCACGCAAAAAAUGUAGAAAAGUAGAAAAUUGAUGUUUGCACACUUUUGUCACAGCACGGUGAACUUUCUGGAACUUGUUUUUUUGUACGAUUUUUCUACUAAACUGUGGCGUGUUACGGAUGCCGUUGCCGCUCCUGAACGUGCCUUGUCUUCACUCCAACACUUGGACCCUGUCAUAAUCGUCGCCGUGUGAUGGCAUCCCGGGAGUUGUCUCGCUUCCUCCCUUCCCUUCCCUUCCCUCCCUCCCUCCCUCCCUCCCUCCCUCCCUCCAUCCUGGACUGCAAGUCUGCAAAAAGUCUGCAGCGGCCCGUUUGCUGCAGUGCAAUCACACACACACACACACACACCACACACACACACACACCGGUGUUGUGCCUGCGCAUCGACAGCAUCGGAACCGACUGGAGGUUCUUCCGUGACUCAGCGCAGGUAGCGAGAUGGCGCCGAACGACCCGAAAGACCCGACGCCCCCGCCGGGGUCGCUGAGCCCGGGCCAGCUGCAGUCCCACUUCAAGAUGGAGCCCAAGACUUUGGGGGCCAUCCAGCUGGUCAUCGCCGCGUUGGUCCUGUGCCUGAGCGGGUCGGUCCUCCAGCUCCACGAGAUCCAUUUCACGGGCGACGUGGCGCUCUUCCUCAUCGUGGUCGUUCAGGUCGCCUUGUCGGGAUCUGUGCUCAUCCACAGUGGGAGGCGGCCCACUCUGUUUUGGGUGAAAUGCGCCCUGGUCCUUCAUCUGAUCAGCGCCGCGUUCGCCACCGCCGCCCUGGGCCUGAUGUCCAAGCACCUCCCGUACAGGCAGGACUCGUACCACUGCGAGCACUGUCGCCGCCUGGAGCUCCACGCCGUGCUACAUUGUUUCAGGAAAUGCACCGAGCUGAUCGAGCAAAAGUGCAAACUGCUGAUCGACGGCAUCCUGGGAACGCUGGUGGUCUUCCUGGUCCUGGAGCUGCUGAUCUGCAUCAUCGCCAUGCUCUUCGGACUCACCGUGCUCGCGGCCCGCAGGACCCAGCCUCCAAGUGAGCAACCUCGCUAUCCGCAGACUCGCCCGCCGCCCUCUCCGGCUGUUCAGGCCGUCCGGGCGGCUCCCCCGGCGGCGGCCGUGCCCGGCGCGUCGCAGGUGGCCGUUGUUGUGACCGAGGCCGACUCGGAUCUGGUGGCAGACAUCACAACGCCGCCCACUGAACCUCAAGUGGAGCCCAUUUGAUUGUCCAUCACACACUCUCUCUCUCUUUCUCUCUCUCUUUCUCUCUCUCUCUCUCUCUCUCUCUCUCUCUCUCUCUCUCACACACACACACACACACACACUCUCUCACACCAUUGUGUAAAUAAACGCACCUGGUGCUUUUGAACAACGUGGCACCGUUCGUUCGAGUCGAGUCGGAUGACAAACGCGAGCGGAACGCGAGCGACAAAGCCCCGCGAAAACCGUGACGCAUACACUUGAACAUCAGGUCGCUAUAUUAGUCUGUCGGCAGAAAUAGUGUAUGAUAUGAUAAGUAGUACAGGAAAAAAGAUGGAUGACGUACAGUGUGCAUGUAAGGCACAUUGAGUACUUAAUGAUGCACAUAAUACUGCAGUUCUGCAAAUACAGCGAUGCGUCGGUUCUCGCCCACAAUUCGUUUGAGAAGUGACUUGUUCGAAAACCGAAUCGAUGUUUCCCAUUACAAUGAAUGGAAAAAGAAAUAAUGCGUUCCAAGCCUUAAAAAAUUAGGCUUUUUAAAGCAUUUUUAAAGAUUUUCCUGAUAAUAAACUGCAUAGUAGAAACACAUGUAUAGUUUAAGUACUUUAUAUAGUAAAAUAAUUUAAGAAAUAUAUUUAUUUUUUGCUUAAAAUGUAUGCUUUAGUAGUAGAGUAUGCUAGCCUGGGAGCGCAUUGCUGUAUUUGUAGCGACCCAGCCUUGUAAAUUUUGGUGCAGAAUAACUUUAAACAAGCAACUUGCCUCCUUUGGAGCCAUGAUUGGGGGAUCAUACGCUCGUCCUCGAUAAGAAGAAAAACAACAGUCAUUACCGGAACGCGUCCGUGUACAGACGCUGCGUUAUACAGAAUAACUAAAGUGCGCUGGUGGCGCCGCGCGCAUUAUGUCAUUUCCGUGUUUUUCCGGCGCGGUGGGAAUUCACAACAAAGCGCAAUAUGUUAUUUCCGGGUUUUGUCGGGGGCGUUCGAGUACCGAUUUUCGUCCGAUAACAGAAGCAAAAAAUAUCUCGAAAUUUUCGUUCGAAAACGGGGACGUUCGAGAACCGAGGCUUCGCUGUGGUGGCAAGGUGGUGUUUAUUUACUCGUCUGCUGACUCCGUGACCGAGCACAUGCGGCAUGUUUAUCUUGGCUUGCAAGCAUCACGUAAAAAAAUUGAAAAUAAAUAGAGCGCUCUUCACAGUUGUGCUAAAUUGUUGAAUACUGUAUAUAUAUAUAUAUUUCCGAUAUCUUUUAUCACUAGUCAAUCUGCAUUCCAAGACACACACUGUAUA